AUGAAUCGCGAAAUUCCAGGAUUCUACUAUGAUCCCGAGAAGAAAAAAUAUUUUCAGAUCCAGAAGAAUCACGUAGCAUCUGGUUCGUCAGGCUCAUCUUAUUCCAACGAUGCCAUCAAAAAGAAGGAACAGGAUGAAAAGAAAAAGAAAGAUCGAGCACAGCUCGAGAAUCGCAUCAGAAAAGAAAGGGUACAGAAGGCCGGGUUCUACAAUCACGCCUUCAACAAUGUAGCCCUUUCUUUGGGGUUGCCGGCCGUCUCGACUCCGGUCAGAUUAGACCAACAAGCCCGGACCUACGCAAGUCAACUAGAAAAGAAAAGGUUGUGGAAAAUUUCCUCGGCAAUUAGAAGGAGCGUAAACCCAACCUCUAUCAGAGAGGUUGUGCGCCAUCCUUCAAAUGGGAAUAUCUUCAUCAGCGGCCAACAAGGCUCUGCCGGAAUAGUAUUUAUCAAUUACUCCCGGCCAGACAGCCGAGGCAGUGAGUGGAGUUACAGAGAAAGCACCCAAGAAGCCCUUGGAAAUGCGUCCAUGGUGACCUCGAUGACCCUAAGCCCUGCAGACUACAUGCUGUUCACCAUAGAUGCAACUCAAGAUGGCUUUCCCUCCCUUUAUCCUCGCAAAAUCGUCGAGGACGACUUGCUCCACUUUCGGGACAUGUUACCUUUCUCCGGUCAACCCAAGAUCCGUAUGAACUCCACCGUGUUCUGUUCUGCCGCCUGCCCAACCAAGGAUAGGGCUCUGUUCGCCAUUGGCACUUCGGGGGGUGUGGCAACCCUUGAGGGGGAGCUUGACCGGUGGACCGUCUCGAAUAAGCCAUUCCCACGAGGCGGGGACAAUGACUUUGCUCGGCGGGCCGACUCCUCCCAUGCUUGCGUGACGGCGGUGGACUGGCUUUCCACAAAUGUCAUUGCAGCUGGGAUGCGUGAUUCGACAGUGAUUCUGCACGACCUACGCACCUUUUACAGCGCUACACGGUUACAACACCCAGAAACUGUUUCGAAGAUCGUCCGAGUCAGCGAGCAUUGUCUAGCUGUAGCAGGACCCAGCAAACUCCAACUGUAUGAUAUUCGGUUCGCCCCGAAUGGAUUACAGCGCAAACCAAAUCCGAUGUCGAGCUCACAUACGGCUACACGCCCAUACCUGUCGAUGCAGAAUUAUUCGCCGAACACGGUCCCUGGGUUCGAUGUCAGCCCGGAGUUGAGUCUCCUCGCCAGUGCCUCCGACAAGAAAGUGCAACUGUUCUCAUUGCGAUCAGGUACUGAGGUGUCCUCGCCGCUGACAGAGUACGAGUACUCUCACCAAGUCAGCUGUGUACGGUUUGAGGAUAGCGAGAAGGUUUCGGCGCGUGGCCCCCGGGCUCCGAGUUUGCUGGUGUGCGCCGGCACAGUGGUGGACCAGUGGGCGUGGUAA